AAGAAGAAACACUGCAGCGUUGUCUGAUUUAAUCUUCUCUCCAUGGAAAUAUUAGAAAGGAUGCUACCCAAUCUGAACGAGUUAAAUUUAAAUAGAUAAAUAAAUACAAACCCUCAUGAAUUUGAGGUGUUGUUUUCAAGCCCAAGCUUCUGUUUCCAGAAGACCCUUUCGAUGUCUCAUCAUGGAAUCGUCAGCGGUUUCUUCCCAAAAGCCUCCGUAUCCUUCUAGUCCUGCUCUUUCACAGCUUGAUGAUGUCACAACGGAGACUUGCAUGACGUCAGACUCUGAGGACUAUCAGAACCCUGUAAAAAAGGAAGAAUCUGAAGACGGAGGCUAUCUCUGUGCCGAGACAUCACGCCCUGUUGGAUUAAUCAUCGCUGUCGACCAACAGACUGAAGGAUUCCAGAGGAAACCUGUAAAAGAGGAAGAACCUGAAAAUGAUGAGUUUCUCUACUGUGAGGAAUGCAAAUCCUACUUCACCAACAAGUGUGAAGUUCAUGGUCCAGCCGUUUUCAUUUCUGAUACCCCGGUUCCCAUGGGAAUUACUGACAGAGCCAUACAAACCCUUCCACCUGGUCUAGGGGUCAGAAAGUCUGGUAUUCCUGAUGCAGGCCUUGGAGUGUUCAAUAAGGGGGAGACUAUUCCACUUGGUGCACGAUUUGGGCCAUGUGAGGGAGACCUGGUGGACAGAGAGGAAGCCAUGAAUAGUGGCUACUCUUGGGUGCUUGAUGAUGUCACAGCGGAGACUUGCAUGACAUCAGACUCUGAGGACUAUCAGAACCCUGUAAAAAAGGAAGAACCUGAAGAUGGAGGCUAUCUCUGUGCCGAGACAUCACGCCCUGUUGGAUUAAUCAUCGCUGUCGACCAACAGACUGAAGGAUUCCAGAGGAAACCUGUAAAAGAGGAAGAACCUGAAAAUGACGAGUUUCUCUACUGUGAGGAAUGCAAAUCCUACUUCAACAAGUGUGAAGUUCAUGGUCAAGUCCUUUUCAUUUCUGAUACUCCCAUUCCCAUGGGAAUUACUGACCGAGCCAUACAAACCCUUCCGCCUGGUCUAGAGGUCAGAAAGUCUGGUAUUCCUGAUGCAGGCCUUGGAGUGUUCAAUAAGGGGGAGACUAUUCCACUUGGUGCACAGUUUGGGCCAUGUGAGGGAGACCUGGUGGACAGAGAGGAAGCCAUGAAUAGUGGCUACUCUUGGGUGAUAUCCAAGAGCAGUCAAUGUGAGGAAUACAUAGAUGCCAAGAGAGAGAUGUAUUCUAACUGGAUGAGGUAUGUGAAUUGUGCUCGUAAUGAUGAAGAACAGAAUCUUGUGGCAUUCCAGUAUCGAGGGGGGAUAUUCUACCGUUGCUGUCGACCAAUCAAAACAGGACAGGAGCUCUUGAUGUGGUACGAAGAUGACUACGGCAAAGACUAUGGCCUUGCGUUCGAUUACCUCUGGAAGAAAAAGUGCUCCUCAAAUGAAAUGAACGAUAUGCUGCUACAAGUCUUCUGCUCCUGGUGUCCACUUUCCUAUGUGUCUCAAAUUUACCUUGACAAUCACAUAAGGAGAAGCCACUUUGAGGAAUAUGUGAAAGUGAAAAAUGUGAAUCUGAUUCCCACAAGAAACUCCAGUAGACAAGAACCAUGCUCUGGAACUUUCCACACUUGUGCCACUCGGGGACAAAUGCAGAAAGAAAUUCGUCACUGCUCAAAUUGUGGGAAGGGUUUUACUCACUUGAAUAAUCUCAAAUCCCUGUGUGUCCACACAGGUGAGAAUCUGUCCCACUGCUCACAUUCUCAUGAAAGGGAUGUUCUUCAGAGACACCAGAGCAUUCACACAAGAGAGAAAGCAUAUUAUUGCUCACAGUGUGGCAAGUGUUUUACACAACAGAAUACUCUCCAAACCCAUCUUCUUAUUCACACGGGAGAGAAGCCGCAUCGCUGCUUACAUUGUCGGAAGAGUUUUAAUCACCAAAGUAGCCUCAGAAAACACCAGCGUAUUCACACAGGAGACAAGCCAUACCAUUGCUCACAGUGUGGAAAGAGUUUUAAUAAUGGGAGUAAUUACAGGCAACACCAAUGCAGUCAUACAGUAGAAAAGAUAUAUCCAUGUUCUCACUGUGGAAAGAAUUUUAACAAUAGCACUAGUCUACAAAGACACCAGAGCAUUCACACAGGAAAGAAACCAUAUCACUGCUCACAGUGUGGGAAGAGGUUUACCUAUCAUAGUAAUCUCAAAGGUCAUGAGCGCAUUCACACAGGAGAGAAGCCGUAUCAUUGUUCACAGUGUGGGAAGAGGUUUACCUACCAGAGUCAUCUCAAAGAUCAUGAGCGCAUUCACACAGGAGAAAAGCCGUAUCACUGCUCACAGUGUGGGAAGAGUUUUAAUAAAAGAAACACUCUACAGAGACACUUGCGUAUUCACACAGAAGUGAAGCCGUAUCAGUGCUCACAGUGUGGGAAGAUGUUUAAUCAGCAGAGCGAUCUCCAAAGACACCAGCGCAUUCACACAGAAGAGAAACCGUAUCACUGCUCACAGUGUGGGAAAAGGUUUACACGCCAUGAUGCUCUCAGACGACACCAGUCCAUUCACACAGGAGAGAAGCCGUAUCAGUGCCCACGGUGCGGGAAGAGGUUUAAUCAUCACAGCGAUCUCCAAAAACACCAACGCACCCACACAGGAGAGAGGCCGCAUUAAUGCUUAUUGUGGGAAGAGCUUCGUUCACCAGAGCAAUCUCCAAAGACGCUGGCAUAUUCACACAGGAGAGAAGCCGUAUCAGUGCUCACAGUGUGGGAAGAGUUUUAGACAGCAGAAUGCUUUCCAAGCACAUCAGCUCGUUCACACAGGAGAGAAGCCGUAUCACUGCUCAGAAGGUGGGGAGAGUUUUAAUCAAAGGGUAUUCUCCAAAGACACUGGAGGAUUCACACAAGAUAGAAGCUGUAUCACUGCUUACUCUGUGGGAACAGUUUAAGACGACAUGGUUACCUCUGGCAAUGUCAGCUCAUUCACACAGGAGAGAAGCUGCAUCAUUGCGCACAGUGUGGACAGAGAUUCACUUAUUCAAAUAUAUUUAAGAAACACAACUGCUCCAAAAUAGAGCCAGCAGCUAAUGAUAUAUCUUCAAAUCCAGAUACAUGAUUACCAUUACUGCCAUUGUUUACAUUUCUAUGUCUGGAUUUGUUUAAAUCAUUUGUGUGUACAGUAAAUAUACUAAAUAUAUACAGUAAAUAUGGCUAAAAUUAUGUGGACACCUGACAAUCCCACCCAUAACUGGGUCUACUGUAAACUGUUGUCAGAAAGUUAGAAAUACAAAAUUGCCUAGACUGGCUUUGUAUGUUGAGACCUGUUCCAGCAUGACAAUGCCCUUAUACACAGAGUGAGGUCCAUAAGGACAUGAUUUACUAUGGGAUGAACUGGAAUACUGAUCAUGAGCCAGGCCUUCUUGCCUGUCACCAUUGCCAACCUCACGAAUGAUCUUGUGGCUGAGUGAGCACUAAUCCCCACAGCCACGCUCCAAAAUCUAGUGGGAGGCCUUGCCAGAAGAAACUGACUCCAUGUUAAUGCCUAAGGUUUUGAAACGGGAUGUUCAACGUGUGUGUGUGUGAUUUUAUAUAAAUAAAUAAAUUACAUUACAAUGCAUUUAGCAGACGCUCUUAUCUAGAGGGAUGUACACAGAGUGCAAAAGUCAGGUACAUGAAGUGCUGAACUUCUAGAAAAGAAAUCUCUAGUGCCAACUGAACAAGUGACAGCAAUACCUAGUGUAAUAUGCUGUUGAAAUACCAAUACUCAAACAGCCAAGCAAACAAACCAACCAUACAAAAAGUAUAACUAAAUGGAGAACUCAAAACCGCUAACUCCAGACUAGAGUGUACACAACCUGGGUUGGUCUAGACCAAAACGUAGUUACACAGUGGGCAGGGAAGAAGGGGAUAGGUGCAGCCUGAAGAGAUGAGUCUUCAGUCUGCGCUUGAAGGUGGUCAGGGAGUCAGCCGUUCUGACCUCAGUGGGAAGAUCAUUCCACCAACAGGGAACCAGGACAGACAGUCUUGAGCAGGCUGGGCAGGAGCGGAGAGAAGGAGGGGCCAGGCAACUAGUAGUAGCAGAGUGUAGGGAUCUGGCUGGCGUGUAGGGGUGAAUCAGACUCUGGAGGUAUGCUGGCCCUAACCCCUUGAGAGCCUGGUAAGCUAGCACCAAUGUCUUAAAUCUUAUGUGAGCUGCAAUAGGUAGCCGGUGCAGGUUGGCAAGCAGAGGGGUGACAUGGGGAGAACAAGGGAGGUUGUUGACCAGGUGAACUGCAGGGGUCCAAUGGCAGAAGCUGGAAGGCCAGCAAGGAGAGAGUUGCAGUAGUCCAAGUGGAAGAGAAUCAGUGCUUGGACCAGGAGCUGAGCAGAGUAGGUGGUAAGAAAAGGGUGGCUCCUUCGGAUGUUGUAGAAGAGGAAUCUGUGUGUCCGGGUCACUGCAGCAAUGUUUGCUGAGGAGGAGAGUUUGUCGUCGAACAUGACCCCUAGGUUCUUCACACUGGGUAAAGGAGACCUAGAGAUGUCCCCAAGGGAGAUGACAAUGUCCGGUGGAGAGGCUGGAGCAGGAAUGUAGAUGCCUUCUGUCUUGUCUGGGUUGAGCUUCAGGUGAUGGCUAUCCAUCCAGCUCUGGAUGUCAUGCAGGCAAGCAGAGAUGCAAGCAGAGAUUUGUUUGUCAGAAGGAGGAAAAGAGAGAAACAGUUGGGUGUCAUCAUCAUAGCAGUGGUAGGAUAGACCAUGAAUUGGGCUAAGAGACUGGGUGUAGAGGGAGAAGAGAAGCGGACCAAGGACUGAACCUUGAGGGACACCGGUGGUAAGUGGGCAUGUUGCUGAUACAGUACCAGGCCAGGUAACCUGGAAGGAGCAACCAGAGAGGUAGGACUUGAACCAGUCUAGGGCUGUCUCACAGAUCCUUAGAGCUGAUACGAAUGACGGGAGGAUGGACUGAUCAACAGUGUCAAAUGUGGCAGAAAGAUCAAGGAGAAUCAAGACCGAGGAGAGGGAGGCAACACGUGCUGCAUGAAGUGCCUCACUGACAGAGAGAAGCGCAGUCUCAGUUGAGUGUCUGACUCGGAAGCCAGACUGGUGGGGAUUUAGGAGGUUGUUCCAUGAGAGAAAAGAGGAGAGUUGGUUAGCAACAGCACAUUCAAGUGUCUUUGACAGGAAGGGGAGAAGAGAAACGGGGUGGUAACUCUGGAUGACAGAGGGGUCUAAGGUGGGUUUUUUCAGCAGAGGGGUGAUGUGGGCCUGUUUGAAGCUGGAGGGAAAGUAUCCGGAGGAUAAGGAGAAGUUGGUGAGGGAAGUGAUAAAUGGGAGGAUGUCAAGAGUGAUGGUCUGGAGGAGAGAUGAGGGGAUAGGGUCAAGGGCACAAGUGGUCAUAUAUAAUAUAAAUUGGGUGUGAUAGGUGCCCACAUACUUUUGACCACACACUGUGUGUAUCUGUAGUUAUAAAUAUUACAGUACUGAAAAUUGUAGAGCAGUGUUUAGUAUUACAUCUUAUGUUUAAGCUUUACUAGUGAAAUGUUUUGGUAUGGCGGCACGAUGGUGUAGUGGUUAGCGCUGUCGCCUCACAGCAAGAAGGUCCUGGGUUCGAGCCCCGGGGCCGGCGAGGGCCUUUCUGUGUGGAGUUUGCAUGUUCUCCCUGUGUCCGCGUGGGUUUCCUCCGGGUGCUCCGGUUUCCCCCACAGUCCAAAGACAUGCAGGUUAGGUUAACUGGUGACUCUAAAUUGACCGUAGG